GAAGCGUAAGUCCCCACUCACCACUGAAGAUUCCCCUUUUUCUUCUUCUUCUUCUUCACAGCAACCUCCUUGUUGACGUCUUCUUCAAUUAAGCAAAAUGGGAGAUUUCGCCACAAAUUCCAACAUUGAGGAGCUCGCAUCUUUUGCCGACGAUCUGGUAGCAAUCUUAAAGGACCCAACUGACGUUCAUAACUUGAAUCAAUGUCUUGAACAUUUCAAGACUCUUCAAUCUUCUUGUGACGAUGAUUUCAAUAGUGUUCAAAGCUCAGUUGAAGAUUAUGAGAAGAAAAUUAAAGCAUGCCGGGAGAAAACAGAAGAGGCCAAAGCGAACACUGUUGCAGAUGAUGAAAUGGAGAUUCUAGAAAAGGAACUCGAAGAGGAGGUUGGGAAAGGGCAUUUGCUCAUGGAGGAGAUAAGAUUGGUCACCAAUGAGAUUAAUGAGCUAGAACGCCAAAGGGUUUCUGUUCAAGAAAGGAAGCAAGCGAUGAAGAAACUUGAGCAACAAGAACUUUGGGCUCAGAGGAAGCUUUCGAUGUAUGCUUCGGUCACUGAUAUCAUACCAAACAUGGACGAUCAGUCUAAAAUUUCUGGCCAUAUUGUGGACAGAAAUAAACGAGUUGUCCAAAAGUUUGAAUUCGACCCAACUAAGAUAUCUUCUUUUGAUACAUGCAAUGGCCUUUGGAAUAUGAUUAAUUCCCCAUAGUAGAGAUAUCAAUUACAUUGUCAUUUGUGAAUUAGAAGCUUAUUAUUGCUUGGUCCUUUUAGUCACUUCAUGGUAUUACAAUAGAACGCUUAUUUUGUUGUGUAUGUAUGUUUGAAGGACUACUUUCUAAGGUCCUCUUGUAUGUGAUAACUUAUUGUAAAUCAAAUCUCCUUGGUCCUUGAUGAUUAUUAAAGAAAAGAAUUCCCGUCUAUGUUAAGGCACCAAUCCAUGUAAAUGGUGAAUGAUGUUGCUCAUUUUCUUGGAUAUUUGAGGCUUGGAAGCAACUAACUUUGUAUCUAUUCCACUGAUCUCAAUUCUACUAUCUUUUGUAAUCUGAUUAUAUUAGUUGUUGAAAAUGAUUUUUUA